AAUGUACUAAGUACCAUACCAUACGUUGGUUGUAGAAGUAUCUUUCGUUUUUUUCUUUUUUGGGUUCCCGAUCUUGAAGCCAACAUUCGAAAGACUUGGUGCGGUGCGUUCAUUUUGUGCUACACAUAGAUGGACAAACAUCAAAACGAACGAGCCUGUCCCCGUCUUGAAUCGCAAUCAUGGCCUUUCGUGGAAGGACGAGCGGUGGUGUCUCUAGCUGUGGCAGUGGCAGCCACGGGACGAAAACCAAUCUCGACGAAGCUUCUCGGAUCCUUCCAAGACCCGAGCACAAUCGCGAACGGAGGCAAAAGCGCAAGCACACUUUUUGUGGUGUUCCCGUGUUUUUCUUUAUCGUUGCGGUGUGGCUGGAGCUCCAGUGGAACGCGAACACGCACACACACUGCGAGGGAUUUCCCAUUUCGGCGAGGGGGGCCCGGCGUUCCCACCACGGCCUAGUUGGUUCGAAGCCCAUGGGACGCUCGUGGUCUGGCCUCGGAGCAACAGCGACCGAACGCGACAACUCGUCCCACUCCAUCAGCAGCAUUCUCGACCCCGGGGGCGAAGGAAUCCCCGAAGGGUGUUCGACGAAAUCAACAACUUUUUCGCUGGCACUUUCGCCGACCAAACUCUCGAAACGAAAGCGUGCGUGGCGAUUUCUUUCGCAAACUCUCUUGGGUAGGAGCAAGCCGAGUGGGUUGGAAAACAAAGAAGCAGCAUCAACAACAACCACAACCACAACCGCGAGAACGGCCAGAACCCUGGAUUUUGCCUACGACUACGACAUCAUUGAAAUGGAGGCUCCUAUUCCUGCUACUGCCGCCUCGACUUCCAGCGGAGCACAAGAACCCACGACUACCGGAGUUCUUUUGGUUCACCCAAUCGGAGUGGGCAUUGGCAGGUGGUACUAUCAGCGAUUGGUGCGAUCGCUCCUCGCAAAACAAACAGGAUCGUCGAGCGGAACCACUUCCGGCAGCAACCACCAGCGCCAUCGAAUGGUCCUCGUGGUGGCCGAUUUGCUGGGGAGCGGGAGUGCCUGCAACGCCACCCUCUCGGAGGACGGAGUUGCUCCGUCAGAUCCUCCUAUUGUGGCGAACAAGUUUCCCUUGUUCAACAUAUCCGACUGGACCGAUCAGCUUGAGGACCUGAUGGGUACGAUAGAGAAGGAUCGCGGUCCCUCCAACGAGAUCGACCGGUGGUGCGUAGUCGCCAAUGGCGGGUGCUCCCCGAUCGCCCUGCAGCUCGCGGAACGGAGCCAGAGGCCGGGCUGGAACCACGCCGGGGUCGAGAACCUCGUCCUGUCGUCGGUCCCCCGGCUCCCAUUCUUUUUGGAAAACCCGGAAAACGAUCCCCAAAAAGUCGCAAAGUCCUACCGGACGCUGUCGGGGAUUCCCGGGUCGCUCUUUUGGUGGUACUCCUGCCGCAACGAGGGAGCCUUCAUCCAGUCCUUCAGCGAGAAGAACCUGAUCGCCGAUCCGUCCAACCUCGGCCCAUUCUGGCGGUCCAACUGCUACCGGACGGCCGUCUCCCACAACAAACGAGGAAGGUAUGCCACAUUUUCAUUCCUGGCGGGUACCCUCCAGGACGGAUGCCAGACGAGCCUGGAUGCGGUCCGUGGGACAUCCCUAAGGAUCGAUAUCAUCAAGGGAGCCGACACAAGACGCAACCGUGCAAAGAGCUGGUUUUGGCAGAAGAAAAAGAAGAAGAAGGACGCCGACACAACAGAAGAAUCCAGGCAGCUCAAUGCUGCAGAUUUUCCCAGCGCUGAUGCUGUAGCUGCAAAUGUCACUGAAACAGAGCAAAAAACCAAUAAGACCUUUCGUGAAUAUGUCGAACGAAACGGCAAUGGUGGCCGGGAAAUUGUCAUCGGGGGAAGAAUCAGCCUGGCGCAUGAAGAUCCGGACGGCUAUGCCGAUGCCGUUCUCGAAUUUCUGGAUUCGGAAAGCACGUAUGACGAAUAGUUGGAAACGAUUUCGAACCUGUUUUUACUAGCGACAACUAUGUUUUGUGCCACACAACAGUCCUGGCAAACACUGGGAAGAAUACACACGGUUGGUUCAC